AUGAAGAACCCUCUCAAUUUGAGGUCAUUUAUCAAAGCUCUACCCUCCAAAAAAGUCAAGUCAAGCAAUGGAUCUCUUAAGUCUGAAUCACUCUCAACCAUUGAUUUCAGCAGUUGGGCGAUUGAAAACCAAGUGGAGGACCAAGUUUUACAUAAGCUUGAUCAACCAAUCUCACAAGGCCAUGGCCAUGACGCACCACCCCAGUCGGUAACUUUGAUGACUUUUUCAAAAGUCGUCGGCAUUUUUGAAGAACUGGGGCCCAUUCAGGAGAUUCCCAAACCGCGAAGUCGGACUCGACGCAACUCAUUUUUGAAAUUGAAGACCAAGUAUUCGGUCGAGAAGACCAAAAAAACCUCGCGACCAAAUACUGCAGUCGAAGCUAUAAUCUCCAGUGGCCUUUUUCAACCUGUCCCGGAAACUGUUUCCCCUGAAAAACGGCAAGCACAGUCCCUUGAUCAUCUGGUCAACUCAAGGAAGGAACUUCUAAUCAAGAAAGAAACCGCGCAAGCUUUGAAGACUCCAAGUGCUCGAGAGACUCGUUUGAAAUAUCUUCUUUACAACCCUCCACUCGAUUCUUUUGAACUACGACGAAGAUCAAACAGAAAGGAUGGCGACGAGAAGAUUUUCUUGCCCAGACUCGAUCCUAGCAGCUACGCGCUUAUCAUGAAAAAAGAAGAGCAUCGGCGCCGAAUGGAAGAUUUGGUUUAUUACAAAAAUUCACACCUUCACAAAUACAAUCAAAUCAUCAACAAUGGAGUCAGAAGCUUGAAGCUCGAAAGCAUUCCCAGAAUCGGUCGGGAGUUGGGUAGUCUCAAAAGACCCUCGUGA